CAAUGUGUAGGGACACACGGUGUGUAAGGACACAUGGCAUGUAGGGACAUGCAAUGUGGACACAUGGCAUGUAGGGACAUACAAUGUGUAGAAAUUCUGAAGGACCCUCUGCACACUGGUAUAUACCCUUUCAAGCAUGUGUAGGGACACACGCAGGGGCGGGCGGACUGACCAUUUGGAAAAACUCAGGCACUGCCCGAGGGCCCGGGGUCAGUAGGAGGCCCCAUGGGAUGCCCCUGGUAACUUUUUCAUAGGCUUUUUUGAGUUUGGGCAAGGACACAGGGGCCCCAUGAUCCCCUAUUGCCCUGGGGCCCCAUGA